AACUGAAUCCAGGUGAUUUGUGUUGCUGCUAAAGCGCAGCGGCUCUCCUUAACUUUCCCCCUUGGUUUGUAUUUGGCUUAAAGGAGACGCAACAAAGCGCACAAAAUGGUCGCGCUCCAGGGCCGCUCGAAGAAAGUAGGUUUACUAUAGCUUUAAGAACGCCAAAACGGUGGCUGCUUCUUUAAGGUUAUAUCGGGUUAUUUCUGAAUAGAUAAUUGAGAAACUUUUCAUUUUGCCAUCAAUAAAUCGAUGUGUAUAAUUUGCGAUGAGCCUGGCGCAUUUGCAGAAAAUGCCCCACAGUCGGAUAAAGGCCUCCCGACAUCAAAAUGUCUCGAUACUAGAUGUGCGCUAUUCCUCCUUUUACAAGUAAACCCUUUGGACUUUCUGUGGAACUGAAGACGGACUGAGAGCGUUCUUGGUGAUGGAAGCGACGAACGACCGAAUUGAGGAUGUAAAUAAAGGCAGAGAGCUGGUGGAGCACAAGGCCGCAGAGGAGACCCCGGCCGCUAGUGCGGCUGUCACCCCGCGGCGAGGGCUCAGGGAUCGGGGAACCACCCGCACGAGAUCCGGCGACCCCGCUACACAAGCGGCCGUCAAUGGAGCUACGCAAGGCUCUGGAAGGGUAUUACGGGACCGCUCGACGAGGGCUGUCCCGGCCUGGCUUAAGGACAACAAAAGUGAAGAGGACGAAGACGAGGACAGCCUGGACGCUGGGACCAGCAAGCGGAGGAAAGUUUGCAACUCUCGUCGGAGGAAAAACGGUGACUCUUCGGGGUCGGUGGAAGCUGGUGAUGGCGUCGCAGGUGACAGCCCGCCAGGCGGAGACUCUGCAGAGGAACCCAAGAAAGCCGCCACUAAUGCUGAAGCUCCUGUCUCCAGGCUUUCUCCAGCCCAGAGUCGUGCCAAGCCUCCAUCCGGCAGGGCCGUCCGCUGCUCUGCCAAGCCAGUGUGCAAAACCGAGCUCGGAAUAGAGAAUCAAGCUGCCGCUUCAGGGGAGGCGAACGUUAAAGAAAAGUAUGACAUAAAAAAUGGAGGCGAGAAGAGCGAAGGUGUCAGUGGUCAGUUUGCAGAGAAGGAGGACCCUCAACGUCAGGGUGACACAAAUGACUUGAACGCACCUUCAGUCUCACAGCCUCAGGGUGAAGCAGACGGGGAAGAGAUUAUAAGCAGUGACGAAGAUGUUCCCUUUAGAGACGAUCUAAAUGACCAGAGCUAUGACCCCAAGUCGGAAAGAGUUGUCGAUGCGCCCAAGCCAAAGCGCCGAGUGCUUCAGAGACAGAAGGACAAGAAAGAAAAAGAGAAAGCGCCCAAGAAAGAGGAGGCGGAAGAAAUAAUAAUGGAGGGCUCUGAAAACUUAGAGAACCCAGAGACGGAAGUGAAGCUUGAAGACGAAUUAACGGACGACCCAGAUGGGCCGAGGAAGAGGGGCCGACGGAAAAAAGAUGAUAAAACACCUCGGCUGCCCAAAAGAAGAAAGAAGCCUCCAGUGCAGUACGUCCGAUGUGAAAUCGAAGGAUGUGGCACCGUCCUGGCUCACCCUCGCUACCUACAGCACCAUAUCAAGUACCAGCACCUGCUCAAAAAGAAGUACGUGUGCCCUCAUCCUUCUUGUGGAAGACUUUUCCGACUUCAGAAGCAGCUACUUCGUCAUGCCAAACACCAUACAGACCAGAGAGACUACAUCUGUGAGUUCUGUGCUCGUGCCUUCAAGAGUUCCCACAAUCUGGCUGUGCAUCGCAUGAUCCACACAGGAGAGAAGCCCCUCCAGUGUGAGAUCUGUGGCUUCACCUGUCGCCAGAAGGCAUCCCUCAACUGGCACAUGAAGAAGCACGACGCCGACGCCAGCUAUCAAUUUUCCUGCUCCAUUUGCGGGAAGAAGUUUGAGAAAAAGGAUUGUGUGGUGGCCCACAAAGCCAAGAGUCACCCAGAGGUACUCAUAGCCGAGGCGCUCGCAGCCAACGCCGGCGCCCUCAUCACGACCCCCGCGUCCAUGCUGGAGCUGCCGGUAAAUCCCGCGCAAGCAGAAGCGGCAUGCGGCGGCCUGGAAAUGGUCCGAGGCGGCCAGGAGGGGCAGGUCCAGCCGCUGGGCCAGGAAGGACACGUCGGGUCUCAAGUGGCUCAGGUAGGUCACAUGACCCCGCAGGUCAGUCACCAGGUGGUUCUCCUGGGACAAGAGCAGGCACUCCACACCAUGCAAGUGCCGGUGACGAUUGCUCUUUCCCCCAUCGAUCCCCCGUCGCCUGCCGAUCACCAGCAACAGACUCAACUCCAGCUCCAGAUGCCCGUCCAGUUUGUUCAACAACCCCCGCAACUCACCCUGCACUCCCCGACGGUGGUGGCUCAGAGCCAACCUCAACUCCAGCCUCUUCAGCCCUACCCCUCCCAGCAACAGAGCCAAGGGCAAAUCGUUCAAAUGACCUUCCAGCCUGUCAGCCAGCCCCAGACUGCCAUGCAGCAGAUCCCAGUCCUUGCCACCUCUCAGCAUCUUACCACCCUGCAGACGACCACCUCCGGCCCACCGCUCCCAUCUCCAUCCCGGCCCCAUGUGGCGUCCGACGGGAACAAUCCUGUGCUGGCCUCUCCACCAGUACACUCCUUCCAUUCAACAGAGGGGGUGGGGGCGAGCACCGUCGCUUGGGAACAAAUGGACCAAGGGGACGUCCUGUCCAACAGCACUGCAGCAGACGUGCCGCGGAUCACCAUUUGAAAUGAGGAGGGUGCACGCAAACUAAAGUAGCCACAUGAUGUCACCUACAACAAUACUGUCAUGCAAAGUUAAAAGAUUUAUGUCGGAUCACUAAUAGUCAUAUUUGUUAGCUUUUUAAUAGAAUAGUAUAUCAGGGAACCAUAAAUCCGUGUGUAACUUUGUACAUAGUAUUCCUGUAAGCUUUUUAUGUGAGUAUGCUAAUUGAGUGUUGUAACGCUUACUAUGAAUAGGCACUAUGAUGGCGUAAUUUUAAGUAAGUGGCGUCACAACAUAACAUCCGGUAUGCGUCCUCUCACAUACAAGCUUGAGAAUUAAAUGACACCCAAAACACACUGUAGAAAUCUAACAACCGAACAGGUUUGACUAAGUGUUAAUUAAGCCAUGUUUAUUUAUUAAGUCCACGAUAUAUAUAAUGACUAUUGAGCUGCCACUAACACAUGAGUUUAAGAUGAACUUAGUUUUAACAACUGGAUCAUUAAUUGUUAAACAUCUUGUUAUGUCUAUAACAGUCUUUUGUCAGGAUUAAAACCGGAAUGUUUAUUUAUGUAACGUGAAAAUUGACUGUUCUUGUAAAUCCCGUAAAUUAAUCCGUCUUUCAUCGCUCAAGGAUUUCAGCUGAAGUGACAACCUGUACAGAUUGUUUUCAGUUUGGACUUUGUGGUCAGGAUGCUGUUGAAGCAGAUAAACCAGCUCUUCAUUUGUAGGCUGUAAAUAAAUGUCUUAACAACAAAUUCAUUGUUUUAUUAGUUGUCCAGAUGAGAAUUAGCUACUUAUAACCAGUGUGACAGCUAAUGUUUACAUGAUCAUUACAUGUUGUGGCGUUCCUUGCUCCUCAGCAUCUUGUACUGCUUCAUGGCUUUCUUCGGAGGCAUCAGCGUGUCGCUUACACCAAUCCUCCGCUUCUUCACCCACUGGCCUUCUGAUUCAUCCUGCACGGCCUGUUUCGGGGGUUUACGGGAGCUGCCUGUGCGUGACCCAACUUCCCCCUCAUCAUGAGAGUCAUUGGGAAUUACUGCAGUCUGGAGGUCACUAUCAUGUGCAAAUUUGCACUUGAUGCCAAAUCUACAUCUUCCACUUUUCCUGUAGGAAACGCAUAUCCUCUUCCCUCCAAUCUGAGAGGGCUUGGCCUGCAUUGUGAGCGGGACAUGUUUCUGCAAGGCACUGAGCUUCCGCUCGGCCUGAGCUUUGAAGGGGUUGGCAAACACGCUACUUUCUGAACAGCCUUGCAGACUAGGAGGCGGCAGUUUGUGAGGGCUGGUCGUGGAGGAGGCAGUAGGCAAGCUGGUCCGACUUCUACUUGAAUUGAUUGACUUGUAAGGCUCCGGGUCACCGUGAUCAGAUUCAUCCGACUCACUGGUGGCAGAACCAGUCUCCAGCAAGAAGUUACGGGUCUUCUUGUCCGGUGGGUCCCCAUCCAUGAGAUCCGUUCUCGUGCUAUUUGGUCAGAUAGGUGCAGAGAAGAAAAGCCGCAUUAUUCAGUAGAAAUUAAGUGAUCUACACGCGGAGGCAAUGUGCGCAGCACGUAUGUCAAUUAACAGCUAUCCAAUGGCCAAAACACAAAAUAUCGCAUCCAUACAUUUGUAUGUCUUAACUUACCCUCCUUGUUCACGGUUUACAUUCUCUGAGUCUCCAUCACUGUCGGACUCUGAUGAGCCGCUGUAUCCAACAAGAGCGUUCAUGUCUAAACCAAUUCGUUAUAUGAUGGACGGAGCGUCUCUCCUUGGAUUACAUUUAGUAUUAUAGGGGUAAAUAUCAAAUCGAUUGGGUAUAAACAGCUGCGAUCGUCGCCAUUUCUUCAAUCGAUGUAACAUAUGCUAGGAUGUUAGCGGCUAAUUUCUUGUUCUACAGUUGUUUACGUUCAAGAUGCCUUGACUGACAUCUACAGUGUGUGCUUAGUAUUGCUUAUGUCGCAACAUCACAUAAAACCUACUGCACAGGGGGUCUUCAGUUUACGACGGAUUUUAUUCCCACCAGCGCGUUGACGGACUAAAUCGGAACGCGGCCGAGUCUAUCACUAACCGACAGCCAGCAGUGAAGUCAUAAAUAUAGCAAAUAUAUGAAAAAACCCUUCUUCUACCCAGCAACACAUAGCAAUUGACUUCACAUUUAACUAUAUAUAGACAUCACAAUACAUACACAUAAAUUAAUCUUGUAAGAGACAUUAAAUAUGGAUCUUAUUGAUAUGCUGUAUCGUUAUUGCUCUCGGCUUCCACUAUUCUUAUUUUACUUUUUUGUCUGGAAUAUAACAAAUACACACCCCUUACAAAUAAAGACCUGGUAACAACAUACUUUUAUUUAGACCAUUUGAACAGUCUAUGUCAGCACCGGUAAAUUAGCAAAAAGUUUAUAAAUAAAAGCUUUGUGGAGUGAGCUGCGUCUUCCCCUCCAGCUCCGCUCUCCGCCCCCGCUCAUCCUUCCAAAUUCCUCGGUGCUGGCAUCAGGUUCCUGGGGAAUGGGCGGAGAGUUCCCGCAGUAGAGCACGGAGCGAGUCGGAAACGUGUUGCUGGCUUCCCCCCAAACAUACAAGAGGCACUUGGGAGUUUGAAACUAAGAGAAGUUUCGAGCAAGGCUGAAGUCACUUGGAAAUGACCGUGAAUCCGUUGCCGGGGUGAUCUAGGCGUCAUUCAGUCUUUCCUCGUGGGAUCGAGCGCUUACGUCUACCGGAGCUUUGCGGAGGUCCGAUAUGGCAGACCGGCGGAGCGGCGUGAUCGGACAGCCAGAUCAAGGCAGGACAACAGCGGCCCGAGCGGCUGCUAUAGCCGAACUUUUGCUUUUGGAGGUCUCCAACCUACUGGAACUUUACAGCAAGAGGGAGAGCCUCAGCGCAGAUGUCAUAGAGGAUAGUCGUUUGGUGUCCGUCCCUCCUCCUUCCUCCCAGCUGGACACCCCGGACAAGCUGUGGCGCUUGCACACGGCCCUGCUCCAGUGUCGAGCCUUGAUGGAGCAAGCUAUCGCCAAAGAAGAUGGGGAGCUGGGCAAUGGGACAGGGGAGUAUGAAACCCUGAGGAAAAUGGUGAAGGAGAGGCUAUGGCUUCUCAUAAACAUCACUGGAGAACUUGUUAAAGCUGUGGGGGGUCCGGCGGUGGUGACCCCGAGUUUGAAUGACAGCUUGGAGCCGGACAACCUGAGCGUUUUUGAGCUGAAGCUGUGGGUCUUCCGGGUCUUCACAGAAGUGGACUACUGGGCCAAGACGGCCGUCGCCAUCUUGCAAGCUCUCCCCAAAGAGCGAGUGAAGAACACUCGCUACAGGAGUACCCGAAGCUCUCGCAGAUGAGGUAGUAUCGUAGCGAGAAUGGUUCCACACAGAUGAGAAUUAUGUGAAGAUGAGCGUGGGGGGUCGGUUCAUUUUGGUAUCUGUAUAUUUUUGCACAUUUUUUUUUUCAGGGUUUCCAAAAUGCUCAAACCAAAUAAUAUGGAUUACAAUGCCUCUUCCAAGUCCGUGUGACCCUAUUGAGGAUGAGUGCUAUAGAAAAUGGAUGAUUGGAUCUUGUUUAUGGAUACACAGCACAGUGUCGUGUUUUAUCUUUGUUUAAUCCAUGGGCGGAUUACACACACACUCUCGCUGCUACGAUGUCAUGUUAUCUACGAACCUAACAUUUAGGUGGGUGAACUAUGGGCCACAUAUGGCUAGCUCCAUUCUUAAAUCCAGCCCAUCCAACAUUUCCAUAAUCAAGAGUCCAGUAAUAGUUGUUGUUAGCUGUUGGGUUUUUUUCCCUCUAAAAUAAGUUUGUUAAAAUCUAUUUAUUCAUUAUUUAAUUUAUUUCAAAUUCAUUUAUCUCAUUAAAAAAUUGGUUAGCAGUAAUCGUAUAUACACCUAUAUUCAUGUACAUGUUAUUUUGUGAAAUACUGCUUUACCUAUAUAUUUUUUUUUUUCAUACAGGUUAAUUUUUUAAGUCACCUUUUAGUGACCUGGCCCAUUUUGUCUGUUACAGUAAAAAAAGAAAAAAGCAUGGGCCUUGAUUGAAGAUCUUAUCCAUCCUUAUCACUGUGAUGUAAAAUGCAAGCCUAAUCAGGAAUUAACAAGCGCAACUGUAUCUUGGUGUGCCCAACUGAACUGUACCACAUGGGGGAAACAUCAAUUCAUAAUAUGGUAUCAGGUUGAAAAACAAGUGAAAAGAUAUCAAGCUGGAGAGCUAUUCUUUCUUUAGAAUUUUCUUUAUUUCUUUCUGUGUCAAGGGACACAUUUUGAGACGACAUACAGCAAGUUAUGUCUAGACUGUAAUGCGACUAGUGUUGAACACUGGCUAUAAAUCAUUCCAAACACAUUAGCAUCUUGGGACUACAUAAAACAUAGCACAGAGGGAAUUUGAGCAACAGCACCCUCUAGUGCUUAUUGCUUGGAAUUACAUUGAAUCGUUUCUGCUUGAGCUCACACUUGGUUAUUUCCAAACACAACUUCAUGGGGCCCGAAGUUAAAUUUGAAAGGGGUCCCUCUAUUACUAUCAAUACUAUUGACUCUUUGAUUAAUAACUAUUGAAAUUAAGUAUCAUAGAUUAACAAAAAUAAAUAAAAUACAGUACAAAACAAGUGGACUGGGCUUGAUUUACAUUCCAGGUGAGAAAGUAUUAUCAAAUCCAGCAGUUCUCAGAACCACCUUGGAAAAAAAUACUAUGCUUUCCAAGUAUCACCAUCAUGACCAUUAAAGUAUGGUUGAGAAGUGUCAAAAUGAAAACGUUAUUCUAGUCUGAUUAAUAAGUAUAAGAUUAAUAACUAUAGCUUAUUUUCAUAGAAUGGAGAACAGCUAAUGUUUUACAACCUUAUAAUUACACGGAUCCAAACAUUUUGAAUUGUUCUUUUUUGGAGGUGACGAAUGUCAACACGCUUGGGCCAAUGAUGUAAUGACUUUGUAUUACUUCGAAGCUGUGUGGCACACAGAUAGAGGUCUGCAUGCAGCCUCAGAGCCCAUGUGCCAGCAUGGCUACAUUGUUUUCCUUUUUCACGUAUUGUAGCUUUGUCUGCUCUGCUGACUUCACUGUAUUAAGAAAAUGUUAUUUUGUGUCUGCAGGCAUUUUCUUGAUGUUCUGGUGCAGUUACUGUUGUGUUUACUCUCUGAAUGUAGUUUAGUACACUGCCUGGUUUCCUUUUCUUAUUGUAUGGAACGAAUUAAACUCACUAAGUUAAUUGGAAUAUUACAUUUUGAUGUUUUCACUGAGAGAUUUUCAUGUGACCACACAUACUAUACAGAGAAAUAUCUAAAAACAAAAUUACCAUACACAACAUAUAGCUGAAAAAAAAUCCACACAUUGUUAGAUGACUACUUGUUGAGUUGAAACCAAGCAUUAUCUUUUUCACGACACAGAUCAUGUGUUCAUCCAAGACAGAUGAUCAAAGCAUAAAGGGAUUGUCACAUUGUAAAGACUGUUAUGAUCAUUAAAUGUUUGAUUAAUGUCGUUUAUUCACAUGGUUGCCUGAAAAAGAAAUGAUUUAUAAAUAAUCGGUCUGUGACAUCACCCUCCAUCUUUUUAAAUUUAAUGGUCAAGAAAUGAUAAUCCCACUCCUGCACUUGAGUGAUAAAACUCCAGUGGUUCCAAAGUGUGAUAUUUAACAUCAAUGUAUUCAGAUUGCAAAUUGUCAACGUGAUGACAAAUAAUAUGAAUUGGGGAUGGGUGUAGACACCAAUUCAUUGAUCAUCAGAGUUAAUUUUGCUGCUUAACUCAUAUUCUACAAACGUAAUAUUAUUCAGAUUCAGCCGUGUUUAGUGGGGGCAGGUACAACAUAUUAUUGUAAAGAACACUUUAAGGUUGACGCCCCGUCUAAUAGUUUAGCGCAGAUGUAUUCGCUACUGAGUGACAUUCUAGUUGGCCUUUAUAGCAUUGCUGAAACAAACAAACAAACAAACCCAAAUAUUAAUUUGAUGGGGAGCCUUUUGCACAGUACGUCCGAUGGCAGGUUAUGGUUUGAAUGCAAAUGUUUGGUAUUGUUUGAAAUUGUGUUUAUUAUUGAUUGGAUAUGUAUGGGUUGAAAUAAAUCCAUCCCUCUCAUAAA